CCAAUCUUCAAGGUUAUGUAUAGUCUCAUUUAUCUGUCUGCAGGAGGCAAAAUGGCAGUCUGGAGUAUAUUUCUGCGUUCUACGAGCCAAAAACUAAGUAGACUUCCUACAUUAUUGUUAAAAGAACCUUCUAUAAAUAAUCAGAUAAGAUGUAUGUCACAUGACCAAGUAAUGAUGAUAAAAAGUACUAGAUGGCAAUGGUCAAAAUGUAAAGAUCUGCUACAUUUCUAUGUUAUGUUGGGUGUAAUACCAUUAUCAAUCUUGACAUUUUGCGUAAAUGUGUUCGUGGGUCCAGCAACACUUGAACCUAUACCAGAAGGAUAUACGCCAAAGCCUUGGGAAUAUUAUAGACAUCCCAUAACCAGAUUUCUUGUUCGUUAUGUAUAUGUAACGCAUCAGCAAGAUUAUGAAAAAUAUUUAAAUAUUAUAUACUUAGAACAAGAACUUAGAAAAACAAGAAUGCUUCAAGCACGUAUUGAAGAAUUGAUCGAACAACGAAGCGAUUAUAAAUACUUCUACUAUGUACCAGUAACUGCCAAAUAUGUUCACCGGGCUAGAUAUGACUAUGACAAGGAAGAUACUUAUAAGACUUUCUCAAAAUAAUUGAUUAAUAAGCAAAUGAGAAGUCUUUAUUAUUAUCUGAUACAUGAGCUAUUAGCCCAGGUGGAUGAAAGAAGAAGAAUAGCAAUCGUAAUUAUAGAAAAAACUCUUAAGAUAGUAAUAAUUCAAUAAUAAUAAUAUAUAUAUAUAUAUAUAAUAUAUAUAUAUAUAUAUAUAUAUAAAUAUAUAUUAUACCAUUGUUAAAUUACAUUUAAUAAAGGCAUUUGAAAAGAAUUUCAGAUUGCCACAAAUUGAAUAUUUCCUUAGAACAUUAAUUUUUGUGCGUUUUAAAUUCUAUUUUGACAUGUUUUCUUUCACAUAAUGCGCAUUUCAGUAUUUAUAAAUGUUUUUACUUAUUUUUAAAGAUUAUCAAAUAAAAGCAUGUGUUUUUACACAUUAUGAAAUAUUGCUUAUAUUAUAAUAAAUAUUUGAUAGUUUUCUGAUAUCUAAUAGAUAAAUUGCAAGUAUAUUGAUAAAUAAGAUUUUAAUAAAUAAAAUUUAGAUUGAUAAUAUAUAUGAUCGUUCAUUGAAAUAAGCUAGAAUUUUUACGGAAGCUUAAAUGUUAUAUAACGAUAUUACCGACGCAUAAAGAUAAUGGGUGGAUAGACCUCUUGUAUUUGUUGCCAUCUGUUGGUAAAAUAGAGAAGUAAAGAAUUUAAAAGAUCGACUUUUAUAAAAAUUUACUUAAUUAGUGAUUAUGUAAAUUUCAAAGGUUACUUUUUACAUACGUGCAUUUAAAAUAUUUAGAUUCUUAUAUAUCUGACAAAUUGCAACUUAUAUCAUUUAUUAUGGUUCAAUAUCGUUUCUUUUCUAACAUUCAUUCAUUUUUUUAUUUUGUAUACCUACAUCUUUCAUAAUGAUGAGUUCAUAAUUUUUUUUCUACAUAUUUUUGAAUCUUUUAAAAUGUUCUUAACUAUAAUUCAACGAUCCAGUUAUCAUUCUCCUAUAAAAGUCAAAGUUUACGCUCUAUUUCAUAUUAGUAGUGAGAGGUAAUAGUUAUGUAGUGUUACAUUUAUCGUAUUUGUUAUUUAUUUAUUUCAUAUAGAUAUUAUUACUAAGUUAAUAUGUUAAUUAUAUAUGACAGAGAACAAAACUUUUUACUAAAUAAUAUAUUUUAUAUAUAUUAUAAUACAUUAUUUAUUUUCUUUUUAUAUUCCAUAUUGAGAGGUAAUAAUUGCGUAGCGUUCCAUUUGUCGUAAUUGUUAUUUGUUUCAUAAAGAUAUUAAUUAAUAUGUAAAUUAUAUAUGACAGAAAA